AUGAGUAGCGCGCCUACUCUCGAGCUCCGCCAGGUGGUGCAGACCUUCUAUCAGGCAGGCAACGCUAUCGAGGUGCUGAAGGGUGCCUCACUCUCAGUCCUGCCUGGGGAGAUGGUCGCCCUGGUCGGGCCAUCGGGGGCGGGCAAGUCGACCCUGCUCCAGAUCGCCGGGCUGCUGGAGCGCCCGCGCGCCGGCGAGGUUGCCAUCGCGGGCGAGCGCUGCGAGCGAUUGCCGGACCGGCGCAGGACCAGGCUACGCCGCGAGCGGCUCGGCUUCAUCUAUCAGUUCCAUCACCUGCUGGCCGAGUUCUCGGCGCUGGAGAACGUGGUCCUGCCGCAGAUGAUCGCGGGCCGCUCCAGGCGUGCGGCGCGGGAGCGGGCGCGUGAGCUGCUGGCCCGUCUCGGGCUCGAUGCUCGCGAGAGCCACCGGCCUUCACGCCUCUCAGGCGGCGAGCAACAGCGCGUCGCCAUCGCGCGCGCCAUUGCCAACGCGCCGACCGUGCUGCUCGCGGACGAGCCCACCGGCAACCUCGACUACGAAACCGCAGACUCGGUGUUUACAUCGCUGCUCGAUAUCGUCCGCACGACCGGGCUCGCCGCGCUCGUCGCCACACACAACGUGCCGCUUGCAGAGCGCAUGGACAGGCGGCUUGCGCUUGAGAACGGCGUUCUCGUCUCGCUUUGA